AUGCUGAUCAAAGUGAAGAUGCUGACAGGGAAAGAAAUUGAGAUUGACACUGAACCCAAAGACAAGGUAGAAUGGAUCAAAGAGCGGGUGGAAGAAAAAGAAGGAAUUCCUCUACAAUUGCAACAACUCAUCUACAAUGGCAAACAGAUGAAUGACAAGAAAACAGUUUUUGAUUACAAGAUCCAAAGACAUUCAGUCUUCCAUUUGAUGUUGGCUCUUCGUGGGGGAGUUGGCUUUGGACGGUGA